ACGAUCCGUAGUCAGUCUUGAGGAAGACGCGACGCCUCAGCCAGUCGGGUCUCGCCGCCUGCCGAUGUACUCCUGCCUCAGUAAAAAUGGAGAGCGACACCGCUGUGCGCAGAAUCAAACCACUCGGGACUCGUUACGCUGCUCACGAUAACAGCGAAAUUCAGGACUGCUGCGAGGACAACGGCUACAGGAGUGACCCGAAGAGGAAGCCCGAAGUGAGCCUGUACCUGCUGCGGGAAGGACUGACAGCUUGCCUGGUCUCUGGGUUUAUUUUGGGGCUGUGGGGACUCGUUCAUUUGUCAUUGCAGCAGCUUGUCAUCGGCAAAUCGACUGGAGAAUUCAACGCGGCGAGAGCCAGGCAGCACUUGGAGCAGAUCACCAGCGUCGGGCCUCGACCCGUGGGCAGCCAGGAGAAUGAGGUCCUGACAGUGGCUUACUUGUUAGAGCAGAUAGAGAGCAUCAGAGCCAAGACCGCAGCUGGCCCUCACCAGCUCACGGUGGACGUGCAGCAUCCCACCGGCUCUUUCUCCAUCGACUUUCUCGGAGGUUUCACCAGCUUCUACGACCACGUCACCAACAUUGCCGUCAGGCUGGAGCCCAAGGGCGGCAGUCAGCAUCUCAUGCUUGCCAACUGCCACUUUGACACCGUGGCAAAUAGUCCAGGUGCCAGUGACGAUGCAGUAAGCUGUGCUGUUAUGUUGGAAGUCCUUCAUUCUCUGGCCAAUCAGUCCACUGCUUUUCAACACGGUGUAAUCUUCCUGUUUAAUGGAGCAGAGGAAAAUAUACUCCAGGCCAGUCACGGCUUCAUUACCCAGCAUCCCUGGGCUAAGAAUGUCCGAGCCUUCAUUAACUUGGAAGCUGCUGGCGUUGGGGGCAAAGAAGUCGUUUUUCAGACAGGUCCAGAGAACCCGUGGUUGGUCCAAGCCUACGUCCAUGCAGCCAAACACCCCUUUGCCUCAGUGGUUGGACAGGAGGUCUUUCAGAGUGGCAUCAUUCCUUCUGACACUGACUUCAGAAUAUAUAGAGACUUCGGUAACAUACCAGGCAUCGAUCUGGCUUUUAUUGAAAACGGCUUCAUCUACCACACUAAGUACGACACUGCAGAUAGGAUCCUGUCAGGCUCCAUACAGCGAGCUGGUGACAACAUCCUUGCUGUCCUGAAGUACCUGCUGAUGUCGGAGAAGUUGGCCGACAGCUCAGAGUAUCGUCAUGGCAACAUGGUGUUUUUUGACGUGCUGGGGGUGGUCGUGGUAGCUUAUCCCGCUCGUGUCGGCACCAUCUUGAACUACGUGGUGGCCGCAGCCACCUUCCUCUAUCUGGCCAAGAAGGCUUCCCUACCUGGCAACGGAGGGGGCCGCUACGUUCGGGACCUGACCUGUGCCACAGGCGUGGUGCUGCUGAGCUGGUUCGUCACGCUGGUGUCCGUGCUGAUCGUGGCUCUGAUUGUCACCCUCUUGGGCCGCUCCAUGUUUUGGUACACGCACUUCUACGCUUCCAUCUGCCUGUAUGGAGCCGCAGCAACAGGAAAGAUGAUCCUCAUCCACACGCUGGCCAAGAACCUGUAUUACGGGGGUGUGCGCCUCGUGGAGCUGGGCGAUCUGUUCUUUGACGUGAGCCUGCUGCUGUGGGGCUGCACCCUGGUGUGGCUCACACAGCAGGGUCUGUGUUCAGCCUAUGUGCCCAUGCUGAUGGUGGCCUUCCCGCUGGCCACCAAGCUGCUGCUGGCCAAAGAAUUCAAACACAGAGGAGCCUCACUGAAAUACAGUUUGUUGUACCUUUUGGGUCUGGCAUUACCGUAUGUCCACUUCAUGUUCCUUAUCUGGGUGGUGUUUGAGAUUUUCACCCCCAUCAUGGGCCGCAGUGGGACAGAGAUACCCCCCGAAGUGGUGAUGGCUUCCUUAGUGACCCUGGCAACCGUCUUUCUCUCUUCCUUUUUUCUGCAUUUCAUCUACUUGGUCAGAAGCACAAAGUGGAUCCUGGCUGGUCUGGGUUCAGUCUUCAUCAUCACGCUUGUGCUGGUGUCCAGCGGCCUCUUCUUUCCGUAUUCAGGCAGUCCUGAUGCCCCACGACCAAAAAGAGUUUUCCUGCAGCACACGACUCGAACCUUCCACAAUCUCCAGGGCCAGAUGGAGAGCCGCGAUUCCGGUCUCUGGAUUAACAGCUUUGACUUCACGGGCAUGCAACACGUCAUUCCCCACAUCCCCGAGAUCAAUGACAGCUUUCGGACCCGCUGCCAGGAGGACCGGCCCUUCUGCGGUUUCCCCUGGUUCCUUCCAGUAAAGUUCCUCAGCAGGAAGAACUGGUACCUUCCUGCCCCAAAGGUGUCUCCAGCUUCUCCAGUGGAGUUCAGGCUGCUGUCCAAAGAGGACACAAGCUGGGGGACGGUGAAGAUGACGUUCACCGUACAAGGACCCAGCCACAUGUCUCUGUACCUGAUGCCUCACAGAGGAGCCAGCCUCUCCGCCUGGUCUUUCGGGGACGGGACCCCCCAGUUUGACCUGAAUGGCGAAUAUUUUAUCUUCUAUUCCCACGGCCUUAACGCCCCCACCUGGACCUUCUGGUUUGAAAUACAGCCCCCCAGAGAUCCUGACCCCGAUGGGCCGGAGGGUAUGAUCUCAGUGGCCAUUUCUUCCCACUAUUUCUUUGGGGAGGACAAGAGGACGGCUCAGCUGGACGAAAUCCUGCGUAGAUUCCCCACAUGGGCGUUCCCCUCCUCCUGGGUCAGUACGUACGACAUGUACCGAUACUAAGGACGCCACGCCACGCUGACGCCGAGGAGAACCAAGGGCUACCGCGGUCCUCAGACAUUUUCAGAGGACGAUGCUGACGUGGGCCGCGCUGCCACUCUGACACAUCCACUCUGUCCCAGCUUGCCUGAGAGACCUUCAUCACUGUGUCAGUCAGCAGCUAACAGGAAGGCACUGAGACAUGCGAGAGGUGAGCUGAGCAGUCCACCUGCACACCACAUGCCUCCUUUUUAUUCUACUUCAAUCAGUCGUGCCUUCUCCCUCCUCACCUCCUUCUGUCUCUUCCUCCAUCUGCGUUGCAGCGCUUGUGCGGCGCUCCGUCUUUUGUCUGCUCUGCAGAUGUAGAAGCAUCCGGAUGGGCACACACAGCAUGUUUGUGUUGACCUUUUGCCACUUUAAAAGUCACUUUUCCUCAUAUUUCUAAAAAAAAGAAAAAAAUAGCUGUGUAUAAAGGUGGCUGUCGGGGAUGUGGCAGGAAAACUUUAAUUAAACCUGUAAAAAGGCAUUUUUCUGGCACCUUAGGGAGUUUUGGCUUUCAUGUGCGAGAAAAUCAGAUCUUUUUUUUUAAUCAUAAAAGCUAAAUUCAAGCAAAAUAACAAAGUGAUUCGAAGUUAUUUCCUGAGUCUCAGCGGGGGGGUCUGGGAGGAGAACAAAACCGUAGCCCUUUGAGGUGACUCUUUUUGGGAUCAUUCUUGAAAGAUAGAGUGUCCAGCAACACCAGUGCCAGAUAAAUUAACAAUUUCAGAAAAAGUUAUCAAUCCUUUUAUUCAGUUUUUAAAACAAAACAACGAUCCAAACUAUUUUAAAUGUUUUCUUGUCUUAUUUGUUGACAUUUCAGACAAAAAGCGGAUUUAAAAAAAAAGUAAAUUUUGCCACUAAAUAAAGUCCUCGUAAGUCAGGUUCCAUAUUAUGAAAGAAAAAAUAGCUAAUUAUUAUAAAGGUUAGGUGAUAAUUUUACAGCAGAAGACUCAUAGUUUUAGUUAAACACUUAUUUUAAUAUAUUAAAUUUUUAAUAUAUUAAAUUUUUAGUGGGUAAAAAAGUUUUUUGGGGGACGUUUUUAUUUGCAGAGAUUCUCUCCCUUUGUUUUCUUCAAGAAUCAUAAAAAAAUCAAAACAGGUUAUCUUAAAUGUGUUGUACAUUUAAUAAGAAACUUAAACCUCUGGUUAAAGUUUUGCUGUUUUUGUUAAAACAUUAAACUGGACCUCCAGAUGAAGUGUGAGCACAUCUCUUUCCUUUAAAACAUAAAUUCACAAAUAUUCAUUUCUUUUGCCUAUAAAAGUUGGUACUAUUCUCCCAGAGCCAUAUCCGAAGAUGCAAACGGUUAAAAUCUAAAUUUGAUGUAAAAAAAUGUUGAUCAUAAAGAAUAACUGGUGUUGCUGGAAAGGUCCUUCAGUGGAAACGGUUUAAUUAGUAACCACACUUUUGAUGUGAGUCAACAUUGAAACUACCUCACCAGCGUCCAGCAUCAAAGUGCAGUACUUAAAGCCCUUUUUAUUGAAGGUUUGACUGUUUUUUUUUUUUAAAUUGACUCUGUUAAUGUAUCUCUUCCCUUUUUUUUUUUUUUUAAACUCACCAUGUCCACUCGGCUGUCAUAGUUGUGUUGCUAAUCUGUGCACUCAUCUUUUUUCUUUAACAAAAAUGUGAAAUCUGAAUGUUGAAACCCGGAAACCAUACUUAACCUAACGUUUACCUGACUGCACACAGAGGCCUCGACACUCAUGUGUAAAAAGAGGCCUUCAACUCUCACUUCCAAAGAUAAACGAGUCGAAAAGUUUCCCAUUUUUUUUAGGCAUAUUUGGAGGUGAGCAUCUUUUGGGAAUUCUUUUUAUUUCCUUUGUUUUCACACAUCUUUCAAUUUGGAAGAAGACGGAAAAAAAUGUUUAAGUGUUAAUGUUGUCUCACAGUUUUCUGAAGUGGGAGAUAGUGGACUGAAUUUAAAAUUCAAAAAUGAAUGAAAUUCUUUCUAUGGUUUCGACAUGAAGCACUUAUUAAAAUCACAGCUGAGUCUUAACAAUUUAAAGAAAUAGUGUUUUAAGUGUUGAAAUAUGUGAAGUUUUUCAAUGAUGGGAGAGUGAAGUAAUGAUUAUAUAGAGGAUGUAAAUUUCCAUGUAGAUGGUUAGGAUUAUUUUGAUCAAAUAUCUAUUCAAAGGCAGUUUAAGGCAGAUAUCUCAUGGUCCUUAAAUUUCAUCUUGAAUGGCUACUGUAAUUGUUUAUGGGGGAAGAUGUUUGGCAUAAAUGCUGUGAAAAAAAAAAAAAUCACUUUUUUGACUAAAGCUGUUAAAACUUUAUGCAAAAAUAAAAGCUCCUUUUAGGAGGAAGUGAAUUUAAGUGACCAUUCUGCAGUAGUGACUUAACCAGAAGUGUGUUUUUGUUUUCAGCAUCCGUAACAAGCUGGAAGUUCAUUAAUCUUAACUUUUUAAUUUACUUUUUACCUCAAUGUUUAUUCAUGCAUUUCUCUGAAUGUUUGAUUUUUGGUCUGCUGGUAAACUAACAAUACCUGUGGGUUUAUUUUAUUUCCUCUUCUGUCACUUUUAGUUGGAGAUUAGCAUUAAGAUGAAUUGAAUUGUGUGAAUGGGAUCAUUUCCAUGAUACACUUGAACAGGAAUAAAAGAAUAAAAGACUUAAUCUUGAAA